ACCCCAACCAUCGACAUCCAACCCCAACCAUCGACAUCCGCACCGCGUGAACAUCGCCAUGCCUGCCCCCAAGCUGACGCUCCUGGCCCGCUCAGCCCUUGCCAAGCCGCUCUCCAGCUAUGAUGCCCUGCUGGUUUUCUUCUCCAAGCCAUCGGCUUUGCACGCCUCCGCCACCCUUGCCGAUGCUCCUCAGGUGGUGGACUCGAUCAAGGCCCAUCUCCAGAUCGAUCCCUCGGCCAAAUCCUCCGCCUCGUUGCUGCAUGCUCCCAGCGCCCCUGGUGCUCGCGUGAUGCUGGUUCCCGCGGGCUCGGUUGGUGGCGACGUCGACGAUGUCCGCAAGUACGCUGAGGCGGCUCGCAGGGCCGUUGCCAAGUGCGCCGACGCCGGCAUCCGAAAGCCGCUCGUUGCCUUUGCGGAUGCGCCCACGGGGAAAAGCCAUGUGCUGAGAGAUUUCAAGCACUUUUUCGAAGUUACGCUGCUUGGGCUAUUGCAGCAGAGCUAUAUUCCUCUCCAGGCCCGCGAGCACUUUACCGCCACCUCUGGCCAUGAUGGAGAGAUUCUGGAGGAGAUUGGUAUCCUGCCGCCCGAAGGCGAGCAGUACGAGUCGGCAGAGAUGCUGAAGCGGGUGCAGGCCAUAGACCUGGGCCGUCGUGUGGCCAAAGACAUUACUGGCGGCGAUCCCGAGCGUAUGGCGCCAUUCAAGUGCGCCGAGUACAUCGAGGAGGCCUUCAAGGGCACCAGGGUUAAGGUUUCGGUCCACAAGGAGCACGAUUACUUGGCCAAGAACUUUCCUCUCCUCUUCGCCGUCGCUCGUGCCUCUCUGCAAGUGCCCCGCCACCAUCCCGUCGUUGUUCGAUUGGAGUAUCAGGCCGACAAGGCUGAGGAAAAUCUGUUCCUGGUCGGAAAGGGCGUCACGUUUGAUACUGGCGGUGCCGAUGUCAAGUUUGACGGCGUGAUGCGUGGCAUGCGCAACGACAAAGGUGGGGCUGCAGGCUGCGCCGGAUUCAUGAAAACAGUGGCCGAGUUGAACCCGAGCCACUGCAACGUUGUUGCAUAUCUCGGAUUCGUCCGCAACUCGAUCGGUGCAGACUCGUAUGUCUGCGACGAGAUCAUCAAGAGCCGUGCUGGCGUGCGUGUGCUCAUUGGAAAUACCGAUGCCGAGGGUAGAAUGGUCAUGGCAGACCUACUCGCCCUGGCCAAGGAAAGUGCACUCGCAUCGCCCCUGCCCUCCAAGCUGUUCACCGUUGCAACCCUCACAGGCCAUGUCAUCAGGGCCUAUGGAUCCUAUGCCGCCACUCUUGACAAUGGUCCGGCUCGCGAGGAUGGUGUCAGCCAAUCCAUUCAGAGAGGCGGCCACCUGUUCGGCGAUCCGUUUGAGAUCUCGACGCUCCGUCGCGAAGAUUAUAGCUUCGGCGCUGCUGGCGCUCCAACUGAAGAAGUCGUCCAGGCAAACAGCAAGGCAUCGUCGAUGACUGCCCGCGGUCACCAAGUGCCGAUGGCGUUCAUGAGUGUUGCUUCUGGCAUUUCCACCCAUGGUCUGGAUUCGGACCAGCCCAUCAGCUACACCCAUCUGGACAUUGCCGGCAGCGCUGAGGAGGACGGCGUUGGACUGAGCCUUCCCCCUCCCACCGGCUCGCCCGUGGCACGAAUCAUGGCAGCCAUGAUCAGCCAGGCAGCAUCAACGCGAGCGCCCUUCUACACCGAAGAUGAAAUCGACGAGGGCCAUGUCGGCGGAUCGGCGUCAACUCCGCGGGACUCGGCCGUGCGAUUCCCAGCCGAGGCCGGCUCCAAGCCAGCAAAUGCAGCCCGGCCGAUCCGAGGCGCGUCCCCAGGCCGUAUCGGCUACUCAAACGACCUCGAAAAGCAGCUGGCUACCGGCAUGGAGCUCAUUACCGACGCAUUUGAGCGAAAGAAUACGCAGCUGAUGGCUGAAAUCAAUCAGUGGAAGCAAGUUUCGUCCAACCAGCGCCAGCAGUCCACCCUCAAUGGCCUCGCGCCCGACAGACCCGCAGCGAACGACGCCGGCAGCAGGACGGCAUCUUCGCGUUUGUCGGUGGCCAAUAACCGUCCCGCAAUUGCCGAACAGAUUAUUGGUCUCGAAGGAGAGAUUUCCGGCUUGAACCACAAGGUGGUGGAGCUGGAGCGUGCCUUGGCUGCAGCCACGGCUGAGAAGAACGCGGUGCUUGCGUCUCGGGCUUCGAUCGUCGAGCGAUACAAUGCUCUUAAGAAGUCUGCCGCCCAGCUCGAGUCGUUCCGAAAGUCGAUCGUAAGCAUGGUCGAAUGCGGCCCUCCCACAACCGUCGCUGCCGUGUCUGAGCUGGACCGAUCGUUCGUCGAAGCUGCCGAUAUAUCAGCAGACCUGUCCAUGUCGUACUUUCGAGAGUCCAGUGCACUCAACGGCAGCCCCCGUCAGAGGGCGGGCUUUCCCGGGGAUGCGUCGUUGAACUCCAGGUCAUUCGAAUACGCGCCGUCAGUAACGUUGCUCGAAGAGCCAGAGGCGCCGCUGAUAGCCCAGAAUACCUCCAUCCUUGGGCAGAUGCAUGCACCCACCCACCGAGAUAGCGAGCACCAGCUCAUGAACAUCAGUCCUCAAGCUCGCCUGCGACAAAGCGUCGGGUCUGAUCGAGGCGCCAUGACACAGCUCCCACCCGCGCAGCGAGGAAACGAUCCGGCUCGCCCGCUUGAUGGAAUAUUGAAGCGCCCGCAGGGCGAAGGAGGAUCAGCAAAGGAGAGGUCCAAGGGCACUGUCGGUUUCAUGUCGCCGUCACAGACCCCUCCCUCGAACCUGCGGAACAUUCAUCAAAACUUUACAAGUGCACCUACUCUCCGUGCUGGAUCGGCUCCGGUUCCCGGUCCUGUUGCAAACGGAGGUGGACGACAGUCGGCUUCGUCAAUGGCCAACGCAGCUCUCGGUGGCGGCGGUGCUGAGGACCCCAGUCUCGGUGGCGACGCAAGAAUCACCAAGACCACGACAGUGAUCGACGCGCCGACAUUAUACAAGCAGAUCCGCGACUCCCUCGAGCCCAAGGAAUUUGAGGAGUUUGCCGACAACAUCAGCCGCUUCAACAACUCGCAACAGACAGCCGAGCAGACCGUCGGAAACAUCUCCCGGAUCGUCACCGAUCGAGUGCUAUGCUCGCAGAUGAAGCAGCUGAUAUACACUGCCCUGGCCGAAAGUAUUGGGCAGCAGUCCGUUAGAGUCGCCGCGGCUGUGCAGGGACAGAGUCGCUCGAUUGAAUCACGCUGAGCGACCCUUCCAGAUCCCAAAUAUACAUGUGCACAUCCA